UCUUGUACAUAGAGCGGAGUUUUGAGCUUGCUCGGUAUGAAACUCGGUCUUUCUCGGACAUUGGAAUGAGUUUCUGCUCCUUGUUUUUCUAAAGGGAAUUUUUGUUUAGCUUCUUAAGCUACAGUAGAUGUUAGUUACUCGUUCUGUUUUAGACAAAGAUUCACAAAGUUGACUGUUUCAUUCCGCUCGUUAUUGCGGGUCGUGCGGGUGUGGGUUCUAUAUGCGCUCUGGUUCACGGAACCAACGGGAAGAAACGGAGUGGACUCGGUCUCUACGGGCGGCGGAGUCGUUUCCGUCCCCGCUGCCAGCGCUUCCGGUGUCCGCUACUACGCCUGCGCUGCAGUCUCCUCCCCUUUUCCGCUCUCCUCAGGCCCUGGCCACUGACCUUAUUCAGUCAUGUAUGCACACCUCAGUAGACUCGGCAGCAGUUAUUGGCAGAUUUCCAGUAAACUGACUCUUUCCUCUAUUUUAGUUCACCGCUUUCUCCCAGGAUCGAGCUCGGCGACGAUCUUUCAUUUUCUAAAGUUGUUUAAAAUAAAUCACUUUGGCUUCAGUACUGCGCAGGUCUCCCAAAGUUGAAGAUAUGGCCUCAGAUCAGAAAGUGGUGGCCGCCCUGGGUCGACCUUUCACCCUUGGAAUGCUGUAUGAUGCUUACAAGGAUGAACUACUCCCAGGCUUCACAUUGUGGGAUAAAAACACUCUAGAAGAACACAGGUCUGUGCAUUCUCAGCAGAGCAGUACAUUUGAAAUUUCUUCGUCUGAUUCCAUAGAAUCCAAGUCCAAACUGCUCAGCGUUGAAGCUUCUCUAAAGGCCAGUUUCCUGAGUGGCUUGAUUGAAGUUGAAGGUUCUGCAAAGUAUCUGAAUGAUCAGAAGAAAUUCAAGAAUCAGAGCAGAGUGACGCUUCAGUACAACGCUACAACGUCCUUCGAACAGCUGGUAAUGACCGAAGUAGAAGCCAAAAAGAUGAAUGAUGCAGUUUCUGGGAAAGAAUCUGCUACACAUGUGGUCACCAGCAUCCUGUAUGGGGCAAAUGCUUUCUUUGUGUUUGACAGUGAGAAGUUGGAUGCUCACAGCGUUCAGGAGAUCCAGGGCAGCAUGCAGGCUCUCAUUAAGAAGAUUCCCACAUUAGAAAUUAGUGGGAAAGUUGACACCAAGCUGACUAACGAAGAAAAAGUCCUGGCAAACAAAUUCUCCUGUAAGUUCAUUGGGGAUUUCAUUCUUCCCAGCAAUCCUUCAACAUUUGAAGAAGCAGUGCAGACCUAUGUAGACCUUCCAAAACUACUGACAAACAACCAAGGCACUGCUGUUCCACUGAAGGUCUGGCUGACACCACUGAAGAAAUUCAGUUCCACAGCUGCUGAGCUACGGGGUAGCAUCAGCACUGGACUUCUGAGGAAAGUUGAGACCGCUCUAGAAGAUAUCAAGCAAGCAGAGAUGAGGUGCAACGAGUGUCUGGAUGAUGAAGUGGUGCAGAAUGUGCCUCAGAUUUCAGAGAAGUUGAUGGAAUUUAAAAAUAAUUGUCAAGAUUACAAUUCUCAACUCCAGCAGACGAUGGAGAAGGAAUUUCCUUCGAUUCGUAAAGGUCAAGAAAAUGCUUCUGUAGAAAAGCUCUUGAGUGACAGACAGAAUUCACCUUUCAGUAGUGACAACUUAAACAUCUGGAUGAACAACAGAGAAAGAGAAAUCAACAUCAUCAGGUCCUGUGUGGAGAUGAUGAAGGCAGGAACCAAUGUGAGGAUGGUUCCACGUCAGUCAGAUCUGGAUAGAGAGAUUCUGGCUCCAGGUGUAGAACAAGCACUGUGCUUCGUUUUCACCUCCGUGGAGCGUGUUGACCCUUACAUGGAGCAGAUGGUUCAGUACUUAGAUAAACAUGACCCACGUGAUAAGAACGUCCUUCUGUCAGCACAGCAGCCAUGGUACAACUCAAAUGAGGUUUUCAACAAAAUGAGAGGAAAAGCUGCAGCUUUGCAUGAUUUUGCAACCAGUUUGAAGAACAACAGCACAUUCCGUUUCCUUGUAACAACCGCACCAAAUGAUAAAUACCAGGGUGCAACCAUCUACCAUUACAAGGACGGUGUUCUGGUCACUGAAGAUUUCUCACAGCCCAGCAUCCCUGAUGUUAAGAAAGUCAUUGACCAAAGAGAUUUGCUCAAGUAUGCCUGUGAUCUCACCAUGGACCCCAAAACUGCAAACGGCUACCUGACUCUGUCUGAUGGAAACAAGAGGGCCAAGUAUGGAGUAUGGCAAUACUAUCCUGAUCAUCCAGAGAGGUUUAAAUGUCCCAAGGUUUUGUGCACAGAGGGACUGACUGAACGUCACUACUGGGUGGUAGAGUGGUCAGGCCAUUAUUAUGGUGCAGGUGUUGCAUAUAAAAGAAUGCAAAUUCAAGUGACUAACAUUUUUUCUAUUCCAUAUGUAAGAGAAGGUGCAGUUUAUAGUUUUUUUGCAGGUGAUGCAAUAUCCUGGUUUUUGGCUAAGGGCCAUUGUGACUCACUCCGUGCACAGCAUAAUGGCUGUGUACAGAGCACAGGUCUUCCACAUUCUGGAUGUAACAGAGUGGGGGUGUACCUCGAUUGGCCUGCUGGUACCCUGACCUUCUAUGAUGCCACCUCUACAUCACUGAAAUUCAUCCACACCUUUACCACCAAGUUCACUGAGCCCGUUUAUCCAUGCUUUUGGGUUCAUAGCGAGCCCAGCUAUGUUUAUCUGUGUCCACUUUAAGUAGAACCAGAACCAUGCUGGGUUCCAGUUUAAAAUGCUUCCUCUGUGGUUGUGUUAAUACUCUGAAUGUAAAAUUUUGUGGUUUGUCAUAAUAGGCAAUUUUAAUUUUCUCAUUAUAAAACAGGAAAUGACAUGAU